CAAGCCCGACACAAUUUAGUUUUAUCCUAUUUUACACUCCCACGAGGUAAUUAAAUUUUCUCAAAAAUAAAUAAUUAUUUUAGUCACAUUGUGUGUCCGUACACUGUAAGAAAAAGUCUGUUCUAGUGAUUAAGAUGCGACGCUGCACUUUUUUCCUAGCUAGUAGCUGCUUUGUUCAAAUUUUCAGUAACUAUUCACUCUUUAAUUUACCUUUACUUUUCUACUCCUUGCUCAUCAUAAAGUUAUACACUUUAAAUUAUUUGAUACUUCCCUCACUUACAAUAAACUCUUGUUCUCAUUUUUGUUUAUUUUUUUAAUUAAUCGCGUGAGUUUGACUAAAUAUAUUAAUUUAUGUCUGCUCUUUUAACCUUUUUAAUUUUGUUCAGUCAUAAUUUCGGAUGUAAUUUUUAUAUGUGAUUCAGUCACGUGUUAGUGAAAAUUUAGUUGAGAUUGUAUACAUUUGAAUAUGAAAUAUUCAUUUUGAUAGUUAUCUAGUUAAAGUGGUGGGUAAAAUAAACAAUGAUGAUGAAAAACAAAUAAAGAAAAAAUAAUAAAUAAUGAUGAAAUUACUGUAAUACAGUCAGUACCCAGGAGAUGGUCAGAUUCCACAUCAAAGCAUGAUUGGACGGUUUUGAUGUCAUCAUAGUUACCCUAGCUUUCUUUUAUAUACCGUCAGAUCAUUUUUUUUCUUCCACAUUCUGUUGUGGUAUCAUUAGAUUCUCUCUUCCCCUACACCUUGCCGCAGGCUAUCAUUACACUCCCAAAUUUCUUAUGUUUUUUCGGACAACACACCCUCCAAUUUAUCGUCCUUGUCAGCACAGUCGAUAUAAGAUAAAUCCCCCGCUUCCAAUCAAUCCAACGGCUGGUAUUCGAAUUCUAAAAGACACGUGUCACGAUCGGAAUCGACAAUUCACAAUCACCGAAAAGGCAUCACAUGGAGAUGUUUGACCAUGGUUAACACUUAACCGAACCAGAGUCGCCUUUUAACACUCUCUCUCUCUCUCCCCAUCAUCCUCAACAUUCAACGUUUUGUUUCUGCAUCUUCUCUCGCUUACUACUGAUCCACCAUCUCCCCUUUUGAUCAUCAAGAUCUCGAGCAGCAAUGCAGAAGAGAAUCGGCCUCUCGUUUCCCGAAGAAGUUCUGGAGCACGUGUUCUCCUUUAUCCACCACGACAAGGAUAGGAACUCCGUUUCCCUCGUCUGCAAGUCGUGGUACGAGAUCGAGCGGUGGUGCAGGAGGAGAGUCUUCAUCGGGAACUGCUACGCCGUGAGCCCCGCGACGGUGAUAAGGAGGUUCCCGAAAGUGAGAUCCGUGGAGCUGAAAGGGAAACCGCACUUCGCUGACUUCAAUUUGGUGCCGGAGGGAUGGGGAGGGUACGUGUAUCCGUGGAUUGAGGCGAUGUCGAAGGCGUACACGUGGCUGGAGGAGAUUAGGCUGAAGAGGAUGGUGGUGAGUGAUGAGUGCUUGGAGCUUAUAGCUAAGUCGUUUAAGAAUUUUAAAGUUCUGGUGCUUUCUUCAUGCGAUGGCUUCUCCACCGAUGGCCUCGCUGCUAUCGCCUCCACUUGCAGGAAUCUGAAAGAGCUUGAUUUGCGUGAGAGUGAUGUUGACGACGUUAGCGGACACUGGCUAAGCCAUUUCCCUGAUACAUACACUUCCCUGGUAUCACUCAACAUCUCUUGCUUAGCCUCUGAUGUAUGUUUCUCUGCUCUGGAGAGGCUGGUGAGUAGGUGUCCCAAUCUCAAGUCUCUCAAGCUUAACCGAGCUGUUCCUCUUGAAAAAUUGGCUACUUUGCUUCGAAGAGCGCCUCAGCUGGAGGAAUUGGGCACCGGUGGCUACAGUGCUGAUGUGCGUUCAGAUUUGUUCUCUGAUUUAUAUGUAGCCCUCUCUGGUUGCAAGAAGUUGAAGUGCUUAUCUGGCCUUUGGGAUGCUGCUCCUGCCUAUCUCCCAGCUGUUUAUUCGGUUUGCGGUCGGCUUACAACUUUGAACCUGAGUUAUGCAACUGUCCAGAGCUAUGAUCUUGUCAAGCUUAUUACCUUAUGUCCUAAACUGCAACGCCUCUGGGUGCUGGACUACAUCGAGGAUACUGGUCUUGAGGUGCUUGCUUCAACCUGCAAGGACCUUCGAGAGCUGAGAGUGUUUCCGUCUGAGCCUUUUGUCAUGGAGCCAAACGUUGCAUUGACGGAACAAGGGCUUGUCUCCGUCUCCGCGGGCUGUCCAAAACUCGAGUCUGUUCUCUACUUUUGCCGCCAAAUGACCAAUGAUGCGUUGGUAGCGAUUGCUAGGAAACGUCCCAACAUGACUCGCUUCCGUUUGUGCAUCAUUGAGCCGAAAGCCCCUGACCAUCUAACACUAGAGCCACUGGAUGUGGGUUUCGGAGCCAUUGUAGAGCACUGCAAAGAUCUCCGGCGUCUCUCCCUAUCAGGGCUCUUGACCGACAAGGUUUUCGAAUACAUUGGGAAGUAUGCAAAGAAGAUGGAGAUGCUAUCGGUGGCGUUUGCAGGAGACAGUGACUUAGGGAUGCAUCAUGUUUUGUCAGGGUGCGAUAGCCUGAGGAAGCUAGAGAUAAGGGACUGCCCGUUUGGAGACAAGGCGUUAUUGGCAAAUGCUUCGAAGCUGGAGACAAUGCGAUCUCUUUGGAUGUCUUCUUGUUCCGUGAGUUUUGGAGCCUGUAAGUUAUUAGGACAGAAGAUGCCAAAGCUCAAUGUGGAAGUCAUCGAUGAGCGGGGUCCACCUGACUCGAGACCAGAGAGCUGCGCUGUUGAGAGAGUGUUUAUAUACCGAACAGUAGCGGGUCCUCGGUUUGACAUGCCUGACUUCGUCUGGAACAUGGACCAACAGUCAUCAAUGAGUGUUUCCAGGCAAAUCAUCACUACUAAUGUGUUAUGAAAAACAAAAAACUAAGCGAGGUACAUUCUUUCAUUAAAUCCUUGCUCAUCAUCUCCCCAUAUAAAUCGUUCCAGUUUAGGAACAUGGGAGAGAAAGAGGGGUUGGCCUUCAUUAGUUUAUUUCUGGGGCUGCUUCAUAUAACAACCUAACUCAUGAGCAACGAGUAAGAGAAAGAGAGAGAGAGAGGAUCCGAGAGACAUAUUGUUGUAUGUUUGUUUGUCUACUUACUGGUCAGGGUAUUAUUUUCUUCAGAGGAUGAUGUUCAGAUAUUUUUGUGAAAGAAAAUAAUGUCAAAAAUGUAACUGCUCUAAUUAUUUGGACUCAUUUUUUAAUCCUUUUCAAAUGUUUUUAA